CGGCCCUCUCCUCAGCCCCAGCUCUCACCCUCCCCUUCCCUCCCUUCCCUCUCCCCCUCAGCCCCUCGCCAUGUCCCUCAAGCAGGCGGCGGCGGCGGCGCAGGCCGCCGGCAACAACCGCAAACCCCCCGGUGGUGGCGGCGGAGGAGGAGGAGGAGGUGGAGGAGGAGGAGGUGGAGGAGGAGGAGGCGGCGGCGGCGGCCCCGGCCUCCCGUCAGCAGCGGGCGGCGGGAGGCAGAACAUGGGCAGAGGUCGCAGCAGUGGCAAAGGACCGCCUCAGCCUACGAUUUCUUUCGAUGGCAUCUAUGCAAACAUGAGAAUGGUUCACAUACUUACGUCAGUUGUUGGAUCCAAAUGUGAAGUACAGGUGAAAAAUGGUGGUAUAUAUGAAGGAGUUUUUAAAACUUACAGUCCUAAGUGUGAUUUAGUGCUCGAUGCUGCUCAUCGGAAAACCGCAGAAUCCAGUUUGGGGCCAAAACGUGAAGACAUACUAGAGAGUAUCUUAUUCAAGUCUUCAGAUUUUGUUAUGGUGCAUUUUAAGGAUAUGGAUACCAAUUAUGCCAGAAGAGAUGCUUUUACUGAUUCAGCCAUCAGUGCUAAAGUAAAUGGUGAGCACAAAGAAAAGGAUCUUGAACCAUGGGACGGAGGAGAAAGCAGCGCUACUGAGGAGCUUGAGGCAUUAGAGACGGAUGUUUCUAAUGGAUGGGAUCCCAAUGACAUGUUUCGUUACAAUGAAGAAAAUUAUGGUGUAAUAUCAACUUACGACAGCAGUUUAUCUUCUUAUACGGUGCCAUUAGAAAGAGAUAAUUCAGAAGAGUUUUUAAAACGAGAAGCCAGAGCAACUCAAUUAGCAGAGGAAAUUGAAUCAAGUGCCCAAUACAAAGCUCGGGUUGCCUUGGAAAAUGAUGAAAGAACAGAAGAAGAAAAAUAUACUGCUGUUCAGAGAAAUGCUAAUGAACGAGAAGGGCAUAGUGUGAACACUAGGGAAAAUAAGUACGUCCCACCUGGACAGAGAAACAGAGAUGUCUUGUCUUGGGGAAGCGGAAGACAAAACUCACCAAGGAUGGGUCAGUCUGGAUCAGGCCCACCAAUUUCACGGUCUGGAUCCCAUACUUCAGAUUUCAGUCCUAACUCUGGAGCAGAUCAAAGAGUGGUUAACGGAGGUGUUCCCUGGCCAUCGCCUUGCCCAUCUCCUUCCUCUCGCCCACCUUCUCGCUACCAGUCAGGUCCCAACUCUCUUCCACCUCGGGCAGCCACCCCUACACGGCCGCCCUCCAGGCCCCCCUCGCGGCCCUCCAGGCCCCCGUCUCACCCCUCUGCUCAUGGUUCUCCAGCUCCUGUCUCUACUAUGCCUAAACGCAUGUCUUCAGAAGGGCCUCCACGGAUGUCUCCUAAGGCACAACGGCACCCUCGAGGUCACAGAGUCUCUACUGGUAGGGGUACAAUUUCAAGUGGCUUAGAAUUUGUAUCUCAUAAUGCACCAGGGGAAGCAUCUACUACUGCAGUGGCACGAGGCAGCCCUUCAGGUGGGACGUGGUCAUCAGUUGUCAGUGGGGUUCCAAGAUUAUCCCCUAAAACACACAGGCCUAGGUCUCCAAGGCAAAGCAGCACUCCCACAGGACCAGCUCUGCCUUCUCCUCAACCUGGUACUAUUCCCACUGAAUCUGUUGCCAUGCCUGUUCCAGCUGCCUCUCCUACACCUGCCAGCCCUGCUUCCAACAGAGCAGUUACCCCUUCCAGCGAAGCUAAAGAUACUAGGCUUCAGGACCAGAGGCAAAAUUCUGCAACUGGAAACAAGGAGAAUAUAAAACCAAGUGAGACUUCUCCUAGUUUUCCUAAACCUGAAAGCAAAGGUGUCUCUCCAAUUGUUUCAGAACAUAGAAAACAGAUUGACGAUUUAAAGAAAUUUAAGAAUGACUUUAGGUUACAGUCGAGUUCCUCUUCAGAUGCAGUGGAUCAGCUGCUAAAUAAAACACGAGAAGGUGAAAAACCAAGAGAUGUAGUUAAGGAAAAGACAGAAUCGACCCCUAAAGAAUCUAGCAUAGAAACUGGCAGUAAUACUAACUCUAACGGUGGCAGUAGCAAACCUAAUAGUCCAAGUAUUUCUCCAUCAAUAAGUAAUAAUUCUGAGCAAAAGCGAGGGCCUGAGGUAACUUCACAAGGUGUACAGACAUCUGGGCCUGGGAGUAAACAAGAUAAAGAGGAUAAAGAAGAGAAGAAGGAUACUUCUGAGCAAGUUAGAAAAUCAACGCUUAAUCCUAAUGCAAAAGAGUUCAACCCUCGAUCUUUUGCUCAACCGAAGCCUUCUACUACACCAACCUCCCCUCGUCCGCAAGCUCAACCUAGCCCUUCCAUGGUGGGUCAUCAGCAGCCAACUCCAGUGUACACUCAGCCUGUUUGUUUUGCACCAAAUAUGAUGUACCCAGUUCCAGUGAGUCCAGGCGUGCAGCCUUUGUAUCCUAUUCCCAUGACGCCCAUGCCAGUGAACCAAGCCAAGACAUAUAGAGCAGGUAAAGUACCAAAUAUGCCACAGCAACGGCAAGACCAACAUCAUCAGAGCACCAUGAUGCAUCCUGCCUCAGCUGCAGGCCCUCCAAUUGUAGCUACACCACCUGCUUAUUCAACACAAUAUGUUGCGUAUAGUCCCCAACAGUUUCCUAACCAGCCUCUUGUGCAGCAUGUGCCACACUACCAGUCUCAGCAUCCUCAUGUUUAUAGCCCUGUAAUACAGGGCAACGCUAGAAUGAUGGCACCACCAACACAUGCACAGCCUGGUUUAGUAUCUUCUUCUGCAACACAGUAUGGUGCGCAUGAACAGACGCAUGCUAUGUAUGCAUGUCCCAAAAUACCAUACAGCAAGGAGACAGGCCCUUCUUUCUACUUUGCCAUUUCCACUGGCUCACUUGCUCAGCAGUAUGCCCACCCUAAUGCUACCCUGCAUCCGCAUCCUCCGCAUCCUCAGCCUUCUGCCACACCAACUGGCCAGCAGCAAAGCCAACAUGCUGGAAGCCACCCUGCUCCUAGCCCCGUGCAGCAUCACCAGCACCAGGCUGCUCAGGCACUCCACCUGGCAAACCCACAACAGCAGUCGGCAAUUUACCACGCAGGUCUAGCUCCAACCCCACCUUCCAUGACGCCAGGCUCCAAUACGCAGUCUCCACAAAAUAGUUUUCCUACAGCACAACAAACAGUCUUCACCAUUCAUCCCUCCCAUGUUCAACCUGCAUAUACCAAUCCGCCACACAUGGCCCAUGUCCCCCAGGCUCAUGUACAGUCAGGAAUGGUUCCUUCUCACCCAACUGCCCAUGCUCCAAUGAUGCUAAUGACGACACAGCCACCUGGUGGUCCCCAAGCCGCCAUCGCUCAAAGUGCACUACAGCCCAUUCCAGUCUCGACAACAACACAUUUCCCCUAUAUGACGCACCCUUCAGUACAAGCCCACCACCAACAGCAGUUGUAAGGCUCAUCUGGAAUAACUGAAAGGCUGGAUACCUUUUGUAGGCCAAAUACCCUCCUUCUACUGCUUCUGCCAACUGGAAGCACAGAAAACUAGAAUUUCAUUUUAUUUUGUUUAAAAAAAAAAAAAUUGAUUUCUUGUAACAUCCACUAGGAAUGCUAACAGUUCAUCUUGCAGUGGGAGAGAUUUGGACUGAGUAGAGGCAUUUAGGAACUUGUGGGCUAUUCCAUAAUUCCAUGCACUGUAUCUGAGUCCUGCAAGUGCCCCAACUCUGCUUGCUGAAAACUGGAAGUUAUUUAUUUUUUAAUGACCCUUCAAAGUUAUGAACUCAUCAGCUAGCAAAAGAAGUAACAAGAGUGAUUCUUGCUGCUAUUAUCACUAAAAAUCAAGACUUGGAGAUCCCUUUUACUUCUAACUAAACUUGAAACAGGUUCAGUAAAAAAAAAAAAUUCUAAUCGUCAAACUGAUGAAUUAUUAUUUAUAAAUCACGUUUGAUGAGAUAAUCACUAUCGUGAGACAGUGAUGUAACUUUUAAGUUAAGAAAACUUUUACUUUGUAGAUAAUAUAAAAUAAAAACUUAAAAAAAAAUUAAAAAAUAAAAAAAGUUUUAAAAACUGACCUACUUAUCGUUUGUGUCUUGUUUUACCAGUCUCUCUCUCUAAUGUUUUCUCCAUUCGUUCCCCUUUGGAUCAAAAGCUGUUUUAUUUAGCAUCAGGUAAGCUUUGCCCUGUGUUUCUGUCGUGUGCUGCUGCUGUCUUGUGUGUGUGCCCCCCUCACACCUCGUGCUGUGAAACCAAGUCAGUCGUAGUAGACUUGUAGGGUCAUUGCACAAAGUUGAAGGCUUCAGAAGCAGAAUUUUGAUACAGGUUUCAAAGAAUUUCUUGCAUUCGGACCCAUUCCCUAAUGGCUUUACACUGUUGUGGUUGGUGUACAGAAGAUGUCCCGACUGGGCCUUGAUGUUUAAAAUAAAGCUGUGUAAGUCAGUGGUGCUGCUUGGAGACGAAGGAAGAAAUCGGGGUAAGCGUUGCUUAACAAAAUGGUGUAGAAAGGUGGGGAGAAUGAUAGGAGAAAGCAACUGACUACCCCAUCCUUCGGCAACAGGCAGGGUAACUACCGCUGCUUAGGAAAUGCUGUGGUCUUCCCAACUCUUGUAGGGUGCACGCAUCCUAAAAUGGCUAACCAGCAGAUGAUGCUGAUUACACUGGAUUAUAACAGAGCUGCGUUUCAGAGGAAGGUCAAGGAAACUGUUGUGUGCGUGAGCUUACGUGGACGGCAGGUGACACGUCGCACCGCGGCUUGGCAAAAAACACCCAGGGGAAGACAAACACCGAGUAGCUUCUGUCCUAUUCUGUUCACAUGAACGGUGCCGUAAAAUGGAGAGAAUCAAUGUAAGUAAAUUCAGGUGGGCAGCAGGGGGCACAAGAACAUCACAAGCAGUGGUGGUGACUUGGAGCAAGACUCCUUGAAUGAGUCUUCUGCGAAGGAACAGCUUCCUCGCAUGGGCUUUCUCCUCCUUUCUAAGGGAGGUUUCUGUCUUUUAGUAGCUGUUAACCCCCCAACUAUUAAAAUAGCACCCCGGCACCUACAGGGAAUCAGACGAAAUACUAAAAGUGAGAAACGAGUUCUAAAAACAGUUUAUUAGGAGCAGAUUUUUUUUUAUAUUAUGGUAAAUUUGCAUUAUUCAAGAAUAAGUUACUUGUACAGUACAUACAGAAACAAUAUAUAGAAAAUCUACUAUACAAGAAGAACUCUUCUGUGCAGGUGAGAAGUAGAACUUUCAAAUCAAUGCACUUUUCGCCCAACAACCCUGUUGGCUUUAAAUCAUCCUGCUGAAGGCUGAGGUGGAGAGUGCACAGUCGGCUCCCCCGCCCGGGGUCGGUGCUGGUGAAGGUUGUGGUCUGUUCCGAUCGAACGAGCUUAAAUUAAAAUUCGGAAUACUGUACUCAAACCUGUUAGUCAAGAUUUCAAGGUUUUAUAUGCUUGUUAGAGUAAAACUGCGUGGGUCGUACGAUGGCAGUGUUGUGUGGUCCGAAGAAGGCGAGGAAGGAGAAGGCAGCUCGGUGUCACUUUGGCACGGGCUGGGCUGCUGGCAUCUGCUCCUGGGGGUGGCUUCGGCCUCCCCCUGGCCCUGGACCUCCUCUAGAAGCUUUGCCACAAAAUAGUUUUGAUGCAAAAACGAUCCGUGAGGCAACAGCGGCGUCAGUGUUUGGUAACCUGCUCUGCAUUGCUGGGCCCCGGGCUGGCGCGAUGCAGCAAGAGGCGGGGAAGGAAGAGAUUAAAUCCUGCUGAAAUCACGGGCAUCUUCUGAGCCUGUCAAGCACAAGGACGUGCAGAAGCCUCCGAUGGGAAGCGGCUGUCAGCAAGCACCAAGUGGUUUCUGAAGCCGAAGAUGGAGCUGAGGGGCAGAAGUUCUGCCUGGACCUAAGAUUUAGCGAGUUGGGUUAGGUGCUAGCCCUGCUCCCUGCCGUGCUGGUCACACAGCGAAGGCACUGCCCCGUCCCUGUGGCCAAACGCGGUGUCCUGAGCAGCUGGAACACCCCCCCUGCCCUCAGCCCUCUCCAGAGCUUGCUGCGUUGGACCCCAACUCGUGCUGCACAUCCCCAGGGCAAGGCGCGAGCUGUGCAUCUGGAGAUCGGCGCAGGGGGCUGCCGCUCUCCCUGGGGGCUCAGCAGGAGACGGAGCUGCGGCUGCCGAGCCUCAGGACUUCAUAAAUGCGCCAAAAGCCUGCAGGGGGCAGGGAGCUGAGCCCGCCAAGUCCUAAGCUCUUUCCUCAAGUUACUAGAAGGACGGAAACCUUCUCUAAGCCCGUGUGAAAGGAGCGGGGAGGUGGAAGUGCCCCUGGGGGGGUGCCAGCAGCAGCAACCUCGUGAAAUACUCAGAGCCACCUCCUGCUGGAGGUCACGUCCGCCGGAGUUUGUUUGCACAGGGAAAGGGGAUGCCGGCUGGUAACGAACCCGAUGUACACGUUACUCAUCAAGCACAGCGAUUUCCAUGUAAGCUACGGGAAAAAAAAAAACAACCUUUGCAGUUGUUUAAUUGGCAGGUUCAAAACACCACGUGCGUGCGCGGUGAGCUGCUGGCGCUCGAACAACGCGGCUCGGCAUGCCAACCCGGCCUGACAGCGGCACCUGAUCUAUCUGGCAGGGGCUGUGAAUAGCAAUCCCUUUUCCCGCCCCUCUCCCCGUUGCGGAUGCUCCGAUCUUGGGGCGAUUCGGGUGCCACUACCUCAUCUUUUGGGGAAAGCCGCGUUUAACGUGGCUGCCUGGUGAUGUAGCAAGUGUUUUGUUAGGCUUGCAGAGCUUUGCUAAGGAGCCUCCUUCCCCACCCCCAAGUUAAAGCAAUCUGGGAACGAUGCACCAACAGGGCUAGAACCUGUGCUGCGCUUUCCCCCUUCCCCUGCUCCACAUUAGCCACGAAGAGCCCUGACUUGCCUGGCAGAAGCCAGCCCGGUCCGCACGCUCCUGCGUUUCGGUGCAGAGGGACCCUGCUAACGCCUGCAGCCUUUGUGCGGCUUCGGGGAGGGAAAAAAGAGCUGCGGAUACGGGUGAGAAGCCCUAGCGGAGCACAGGGGCUGCUUUGUUUCCCCUGCAGCCUCUCCGGGUUUGGCAGCCCUGGAGGCGACACCGUCCAGGGCGAUUUUCUCUGAAACGCCCCGGUUUCGGGACUGGCUGCGAUGGUGCAGGAGCGCAGCUCAGCACCAUCCCCGGGGCAGGAGGGGGGGAGGCUUCGUGUGCCUGGCGUGCACAAACUGGAGAACGGGAGAGGGCAGAGGCGGAGGAGAGGGGAGGCAAGAAAUCCCAAACAUGCUCUCAAGACGCCGUAUCCAGUCUCCCAGCCCUUUGCCUGCGCACAUCACUCGCUUACGGAGACCGAUUUGCCCUCGUGCCUGGAGCUGCUUGGCCCUGGGAUGUUUCGGAGCCGAGGUUUGGGCUCCCACCCAGCUCCACCUGCCCUCUGGCAGCGAAACAGAGCAAUUCUCUCGCCCUCGGGCUCCUGGCCUUGGGCAGAGCUCCGGCCCCUUGCUCUGGCACGGCGGGCGGCCUCAAGUCGCGGCGUCGGGGCCGGCUUUGUGCAACGACUCCCUGACUUGGGCCCACGAGGCUUUGUUGUUGUUUCCUUCCAAAUCAGAUCCCAAAUUAAUGCUCCUGGCGGCUCCCACCUCUCAGGCAAUUUCAAGUGUGCGAGGGGGGGAACCAAAAAAAAAAAAAAAAAAAAAAAAAAAAAAAAAGGGCUUUCCUGCAACGUGAUCUCAAGGCCAACUCUGCGUUAGAAAUCCCGGGGAGUGCCGGGCGCUGAGAAAUCUGGAAGUUGAGCGCUGCCAACAUCCCCUCACGAGUGUCGCAACGGCUCCGGCCCCUUCCUUAUUCUUAAAAUAGCGGCGGAUUCGAAGAAGUGGUUCCUCUCCCGAGGCACCGGCAGGUAAAAUGGCACGGGGGCAGCGAGCACCCCCGGGGGGGGGGGGGGGAGGGGGGGCGGAUCACACUCGCCCAGCGCCCCUAGGGAAAAACGCACGAAGGCAGCGAGGGUAAAGUGCCUGCUGUAUUUGUCACUGCAGCUGUAGGAUCGCCAAACCAUCCUCAUCCUCCUCUUGUAAGGCACAUCGGGGUGCGUGGCCCCCCGCCACUGCAGGACUGGGGGGGGCUCAGCCUGGACCCCCCCCCCCCAAGCCCGCGAGGGGCCCCGUUGCAUAGGUGGCCACAGCGGCAUCCCCCGGGGCAUGGGGGAAAAGCCGAGAGCGGGGGGGGGGGCAGCCGCCGGCACCGGCGAGGUAAAGGAGGAAAGGUGGGGAAACUCCCUUGGGAUUUAUGCUGGAAACGCUUCCGUCGCCGGGGGGGAUUUCUUUUUUUUUUUUUUUUCCCCUGUCAGCCUCCGCGUUAGUCCUCGGCUGUUUGCGUUAUUAACGGUGGAGCGGUGUUAGUGUUCACGUCUUAAUUAACAAAGCUAACGGGGUAAGUAGUUCCCCGGCUGGUGCAGGGAGUGACUGCAACUGUGCUAGGUUUUGUUUUGUUUUUUUUU